AUGCCACACAGCUUCUUGUUCACCUCUGAGUCCGUCUCCGAAGGACAUCCGGACAAGAUGUGCGAUCAAGUGAGUUUUUUUUCUCUAUUUUCUUAGUGAUAUCACUCUUGACCUAUUAUCAAGAAGUAAAAGACUGGUCUAGUUUGUAGUUUAAUUAAACGACUAGACGAGCUUAGAAAAGUAGUAACACGAGCUCUAGCAGCUGACAAAAAAAAGACUUGUGUCAAUUGUGUGUUUUCCAGAUCUCCGAUGCUGUUCUCGACGCUCAUCUGGCUCAAGAUCCGCACGCCAAGGUCGCAUGUGGUGAGUAGUUCAGCGGUUUACCGGCUCUGUGUACUUCGACGACCUGCUGGAAGACGGAGCGAUUGACAGAAGUGCCCUCCACUCAUUCACAGUAACCAGAGACUCGGUGACAUGGCGAACAGCAGCUCGGGACGCGGCACACACUUAAUAACCAUUUGAAGCGCAGUAAUCUUCUUGAUAAUAUCCGGAAGGAGUAGCUACGGAAGUGGAUAUUGUGUCGUGAAACUUGAUUGUUUUUCGCGAGAGGAGCUGGCCGCUUACCUUUUCUCAGUGGAAAAGAUUUGGAGUCGAGCUCCUCUCGCCAAUUCGCCUAAUCUUGUCUCUGUUGCAGGCCGUCUUGGGGUGAUGGAUGGUGUGAGGGGCUGACUUAUCGCACAUGUGUUUCUAAACCUGUUGAAAUGGUUGCUUUGAUUACAGAAACGGUAACUAAAACGGGUAUGAUCAUGUUGUGCGGUGAGAUCACCUCGAAAGCCGUGGUCGAUUACCAAGUUCUCGUUCGCAACGUCGUCAAGAAAAUAGGAUACGACGAUUCUUCGAAAGGUAAGCAGUGCAAGGGUGGAAAUGGGAAACCAGUAUAGCAGCGACGUCGGGCCGCUAACAGCAACGGAACAACAAGUCUGUCUGCUGGCUCAACUGAUCAACAGCCUGCCGUGAUCAUUAUGUGAUCCCAUAUUUUACGCUCUGAUAAAGUGCAAAUGGAAAUCGUUUAUUUUUAGGUUUCGACUACAAAACUUGCAAUGUCCUCGUCGCUCUUGAGCAGCAAUCUCCGGAAAUCGCCGCUGGAGUUCACGUCGACAAGGACAGCGAUGAUGUUGGCGCUGGAGACCAGGGAAUCAUGUUCGGAUACGCCACCGACGAGACCGAAGAGGCUAUGCCACUGACCCUUCUUCUGUCUCACAAGCUGAACUACAAGCUCCACGAACUCCGUCGGUCCGGAGAGCUCUCCUGGGUUCGUCCGGAUUCCAAGUCACAAGUGACCAUUGAGUACACCGCCGAAGGAGGAGCCUGCAUCCCAAUCCGCGUGCACACCGUCGUCAUUUCGACUCAGCACUCACCGGACAUCAGCCUCGAAGAGUUGAGAAAGGAACUCAUCGAGAAGGUGACUCGUACUCACACUAGAUGUUAUUUUGAAUUCUAUAAUUUCAGGUCAUCAAGGCUGUUAUCCCGGCCAAUCUCCUCGACGACAAGACCAUCUACCAUCUCAACCCGUGCGGUUCGUUCAUCGUCGGAGGGCCGAUGGGAGAUGCUGGACUCACCGGACGCAAGAUCAUCGUCGAUACCUACGGAGGAUGGGGAGCCCACGGAGGUGGUGCCUUCUCCGGAAAGGACCCAACCAAGGUCGACCGUUCGGCCGCCUACGCUGCUCGCUGGGUUGCCAAGUCGCUCGUCAAGGCUGGGCUCUGCCGCCGUUGCCUCGUCCAGGUCUCGUACGCCAUCGGAGUUGCCAAGCCACUCUCCGUCAUGGUCUUCUCGUUCGGAACUUCUGGCCUCACCGAGGGCGAGCUUCUGCACAUUGUCAACGAGAACUUUGAUCUCAGACCAGGAAUGAUCAUCAAGUAAGACAACUUGAGUAACCGAAUGUGUGAGAAUUGUUUGCUUUUUAGGGAUCUCGACCUCAAGAGACCAAUCUACGAGCCAACCGCCGAGAACGGUCACUUUGGGCACAACGAGUUCCCAUGGGAGCAGCCACGUCAGCUCAAGAUCGACGCCGACCUCCUCGCCAAGGCCCAAGGACCUGCCCGUAGAGACGACUCGGGAAUAGCCCACUAA